CCCAAUUAAGCCUUUAAAUCGCGUAUAUUCUUCUUCUAGUAUAAGAGAAAGGUGAUGACUUAGGGCCCGUACCGUAGAUCUUGCUGCCGACGUCCGCUCGAUGCUUUCCUCACUCUUUCGCCGACGGAAGGGAGAGAUGGACUUCCAGUACGAGCCUUUGGCGGCCGAAAACCACAUACGUCUCAUUACCUUGCUUCCUGGGAAAUGGGACUCGAAGAUCAAGUGCAAGCUGCGCGUGGCCAAACUCGAGGAGCCUCCCGCGUAUAAAGCGCUCUCCUACGUGUGGGGGGAUGUCACCAGAUCGGAGAAGAUCCUUCUAAAUGGCAAAGUUUGCCACAUAACUCGCAAUCUCGACAUAGCUUUGCGCUAUAUCCGGGAUGAGAAAAUAGCACAUGUCCUGUGGGUCGAUGCCCUCUGCAUUAAUCAGUCAGACAAUAGCGAGCGGAACAAGCAGGUCCGUAUCAUGGGCCAGAUCUACAAACGUGCUCAGGUCGUCCUCGCCUGGCUCGGCGCAGAGGGCGAUGAGAGUGACUCUGCCAUGGAACUGGCUCUGGAACUGGGCCAGUUGGCCAUGAGUCUACCGCCCACGAUACUCCCAUUGACGCCGCAAAAACUUGCCGACGCUGGCUUUGAUGCCGGCAGCAAAAACUGGGCUGCUUUUUGGCGCCUCAUGGAACGUCCAUACUGGAGGAGAAUAUGGAUCAUACAGGAGCAGCACUUUGCCAGUGAAUUCAACGAGUCGCGGGAACAGCAGGUUAUGAAUGACAGAUGCUUGAUUGGCGUAGGUCGCAAGUGGCUGCCGCGCAUGAUUCUCUAUCAUGGCUGGAUGUUGUUGAUGUUCGUCGCCCAAAACAAACACGCAUUUUUAUCUGACACGGAAGCUAUUCAGCGCGGGGCCCCGCAGAGACACGAGCCGUUUCAAAGUUUCUAUCUAAACACACCAUCUCCUAUAACGGCUUUCUUCAUCACCUUGUCGAUUGCAAAUCCGACGUACAGUGGCCCAGAGUGUAAAGAGCGGCUCUCGGCUUUGAUUCGCGUCUCAACAGGAUAUCUCGCCACUGACCCACGUGACAUGAUUUUUGCUCUGCAUGGUAUUAUUGGAAAAACCAACAAUCAGCUUCGGAUAGACUAUAACUUCAAUUUGGACACCGUCUAUCGUGAGACGGUUGAGUUUGCCAUGAAAGAAUACGGGACACUGUCCAUUCUAGAGGGCAAUCGGUUGAAGAUACCCACAGACUACCCAACCUGGUACCCAAUCUCAGGUAAUCUAUCCGUGACGGGUGGAGCAUGGGACAAUAGACGUGGACAUAGAGCUUCCGGUCGACAUCGUGCUCGCAAACCUAAGUUCUCCCUGGAUGGGAAAGUGCUAUUUCUUCCGGGGAUUGUCGUCGGUACGGUCAAGGAAGUAAUUGGCCCGUACUGGCACACGAAGAACUUGCCGCUGCAAGAGCAGCAAGUGCUAUGGAGAGAAUAUCAGUCCAAGCUGAGGCUUUAUUGGAGCAAGCAGGAGCCAGAAAGGAAGGAGAUGAUGUGGCGGACCUUCGUCCUGGAUCAAGAGAACGACGGCAGCCGCGUCGUCAACGGGCGUGCGCCCGAAAGCUUUGAACUCGCGUUUCGUCUGAGCCUGCUUUCCGAGCCGGGUGAACUGCCUCGAGACUUCAUGCCCGGUGUAGACGAAGGCGUGAGGCGGUACGCAUUCUCAGGUCGGUUUCUGACCUGCUUCGACCUCGCCAACGUCAACUAUUCCUUUUUCGACACGGAAAACGGGUUCAUGGGCAUCGGGGCCUAUCAUCUGAAGCCUGGCGACGUCGUCACGAUUCUUCAGGGCGGUGCGUUCUGCUUGGUUCUGCGUCCGAAGGGAGAGCAUUACCAGCUGCUUGGAGAGGCGUACGUGUACGGCGCCAUGGAAGGCGAGUUGGUGAAGGAAGAUGAUGACGGCAACCCUAUCGGGCUCCAGGAGUUUGGUAUAUGCUGAUACGAAUACGCGGGGAGAUGCCGAAUGGAGUAUGACAGACUUCCUCUUCCGGGCCCAAAUCCUGGUGUUCGUGGAUUUUCUUUUGUCGACUCUAUGCCUAUUUAUAUCUUUGAUGCACACUUAUACUUACGAUUUGCUGGAUGCAGUCACACACAAUGCCGUGUCUGGUUUGGGGAUGCGGGGUUGGCUGGUAUUCACUCAUCUGGGGUCUAUAGUGUGUCACGAACGGUUGGUUGUAUCUGGCGUGAUUGUCAGCAAGUUACGGAGUUAUAGGUAAUAAACGAGCCAGGCCUGGCCAGGAAUCAG